AUGGAUUUAUCACGCAUGGAAAUGCGAAGGUCAGAGAAUCUAGAGAGUCCUCCUGAGACUUGGCUGGAAAGGCAACUAGCACUGCAGAACCUGAUGAGAGAGAGACAAACAGCCAUGCAGAUUGCUUGGACACAAGAAUUUCUCAAAUAUUUUGGGACAUUUUUUGGACUUGCUGCUGUAGUUUUAACAACUGGAGUAAUAAAAAGGAAGAAUCCAGCAGUUUUGCUGCCAGUACUUCCCUUAAGCUUUGUAUUUUCCUAUCAUUAUGAUAUGGGCUAUGGGACACUACUGCAAAGGAUUAAAGGUGAAGAAGAGAACAUACUUGACACACAGAGCACUUUGUUGGAAUUGCCUAAAGAACCUAUCACAUAUAAAGAUUUGUAGAAAAUCAGAAUAUCUCAGAGCAAUUUCUUCAUUGAAAUCAGGAAGAUGGUAUUAAAGCUACAUAUCUGA